AUAUACACACAUCGAUGGUCUUCUGUAUUUCACAUGGUAGCAUACACGUGACGGGAAAUUUCCUGGACCCUAAUGCCCAAAUAUUGAUAUUAUAACAAAAUAUUUUAUAAUGUUAAAGAAACUCCAUCGAAUGUAUCCAUGAUUCCAUUGGUAACUCCGGUUUAAUUACUUUUAAAGGCCAAACAAGUGCUUUAUUAGUUAAGAAGGAUUAGUUUUGUCUUAACGAUAAACUGAUUAUUUAAAGAAAGUCAAAGCUAGCUUUAGAUGCGUACGAGAGUGAAUAAUACAAAUAGUAAACGAAGUUCUGAUCAGCAAAAUGGAAUUUGACUUUAGCAGUUCAAACUUCAAAGUUUUAAAACAAAUACAGAGGUCUGAAUUUCAUCUCUAUUAAUGGGCAUGGAUCUUUCUCUCAAGCUCGAAAAAGAGAAAGAUGAAGAAAGAUCUACACAUAUCUGUGAGAGGGAAGACGAAGAAAAAGAAGAUGCUAGUGAAGAUAAAGAUGAAAAAAUGGUGAAAGAAGACGAAAUUGAAGAUUCUUGUUUACGUUCAAAAACCCGAGAAGAAGAAAAAGAAUGCGAAGAGGUACUUACGAUACGUCUAAAUAUACAUCAGAACAUUUUGUGUGAUAAUAUGUUAACAUCUAUGGAUGGAGAUCAGCUCUUGCAGAUGCAGAUCGAAAUGGAACAUGUGAAAGAAGAGAAUACGAGGUUGAGGAAGCUUGUAGAGCAAACCCUCCAAGAUUAUCGCCAGCUCGAGAUGAAAUUCCCGGUAAUCGAUCAAACCAACAAGAUGGAUCUUGAAACGUUCCUUGGAGCACAAGCCAAGGAUCGGAAAAGAGGAGUGGAAAGAUAUGAUUCCUUGAAUUUGGUAGACGGAGAAUUAGGGCUUUCACUUUCUUUGCAGAAAAAGCAGAAACAAGAUAAAUACUCACAACGUGUCGUAACGUCUUCUCCGGGGAAUAGAAAAGCCAGGGUAUCUGUGAGAGCCAGAUGUGACACACCAACGAUGAAUGAUGGAUGCCAAUGGAGAAAGUACGGUCAAAAAACGGCGAAAGGGAAUCCAUGUCCAAGAGCUUAUUACCGAUGCACCGUGGCUCCAGGAUGUCCCGUUAGGAAACAGGUGCAAAGGUGUUUAGAAGACAUGUCGAUAUUGAUAACAACCUACGAAGGGACACAUAACCAUCCACUUCCGGUAGGAGCAACAGCAAUGGCUUCCACUGCCUCUGCUUCUCCAUUCUUGCUACUGGAUUCUAGCGACAACCUCUCUCAUCCUUCCUAUUUGCAACAAAAUGGCAGCAACAAUCAAUCAUUAAGAAGCUUGAUCAACUUUGAUGAUUCUUCAUUUAGAGGAGGUGACCAUGUUUCUUCUUCCCAAAACCGACUAAACUGGAUGAUGUAGAUUCUCAACAUCUAUCAUCACUUUCUUUUGUAAGUGAAGUCAACAUCAUGUAUUCCUGUAUUUUCUUGGGUCUUAUUUUUAAAACAUUUAUGCCUCGCAUAUUCAAAACUGAGGUUGAAGAUGGUUUAGUUUGAUGUUCAUCUUUUUAUAAAAAAAGUAAGGCUAUAUAAAGUUAAA